AUGGGCACAUUUGUGACCCUGACGGAGGUGUUGGAGGCGCGGGGUUCCCCCCUGGAAGAGGAGGAGGUCUGGUGUCUGCUGCUGGCCACCACUGAUGCCUUACUGGACAUCUCUAAGAAAGGUCCAGGUAACAUGUGCAGUGUGUUGAGCCCUGGUGCGGUGCUACUGUCGGCCAAUGGGAGCCUGGCCUUCAAGAGCUGCUCCCGAAGUGAGGACGUGAUCUCGUUUACAGCUCCAGAGGUCCAGCAUGGCCACGCCCCUUCCACCAGGACCGCAGCGGAAAAGGUGGUCGUGUACUCACUGGGAAUGACUCUAUACUGGUGUGCUGAUUAUCGCCUACCUCAAAAUCAGCCUGUCCAGAUCAGCGCAGAGCUGGAGGGUUUGCUGCUGAGCAUGUGUGAGGACAUGGCGGUGAGGAGGAGCGACCUGCUGACGGUGCUGGAGACCUGUGAGUUUCAUCAUAAGACGUCUGCGCUGCCGUCCCCAGAGCGCCUCAUCAGGCAGCUGGUAGAGGACGUCUACAGAAACUCUGCCGACCACGUGUCCAUGGCUGAAAACGGACCCCAGCUGACAGACCGCAGUCAGAUGGUCAGGGACAGAUUACACAGUGGUCGACUCAGAGAAAGUUAUUCCAGCUGGCAGCAUCUGAACCGUACGCCCUGCAGUCCGUACCUGGAUGGCAAUCGAACCAGCAGCGCCAGAUCUCUCUCCCAGUUUGAGUCCACAAUCAGUUUAAAUGACAAGAAGGUGAAGGACACGGGUCCUGAGUUUAUCCGAGGUUUAGAGGAACCCCUGGUCGUCUUGGAGCUGCCUGGAUCCAUCCUGACGAGGAAAGGGAAAUCUCCAGCCACCAACAGAGAGCUCAGUGUGGUGAUGCCAAACGGCCAAAGCAUCCUGGUGAAAUGUGAAGUUAAAACCAGAGCAGGAGACGUCUUUGACAUGAUCGUGGCUCAUUCUAACCUUGUUGAGCAUUUCUACUUCGGCCUUGCGUAUAUUGACGAUAAUGAGUUUUUCUUCGUUGAUAACGACACCAAGAUUUCUAAAGUGGCUCCAGAUAGCUGGAAGAAAGUGCCUACCACAACUUUUGUCCUUUUCUUCAGGAUCAAAUUCUUUGUGAACAACAUCUCUCUUCUCUUGCACAAACAGACCCGUCACCAGUAUUACCUGCAGCUCAGGAGGGACCUCUUAGAAGACCGACUGUCCUGCCAUGAGGAGACCGCUCUGUACCUGGGAGGUCUGGCCCUGCAGACAGAGUAUGGAGACUUCAUGCCUGAGGUGUUCGGUAGAAACUACUACCGACCGGAUCAGUAUGUCUCCAAAAGCGUGAUGGAGAAACGUGCCUUGCCGUACAUUCAGGCUGAGCUGCUCAAGCUUCAUGCCACUAAUGCCCAGAUGAUUGCAGAUGAAUCUGAGCUUGAGUUUCUAAAGGUUUGUCAGCAGCUGCCUGAAUACGGAGUCUUCUUCCACCGCGUGAUACGGGAGAAGAAGCCGGACGGGGAGAUCGUUCUUGGGGUUUGUGCCAAAGGUGUCAUGGUUUAUGAGGUUAAAGAUGGCUGCAGGUCCACCGCUCAGAGUUUCUACUGGAGGGAGACUGCUACCAUCUCCUCUAACAAAAGGAAAUUUAUAAUAGAGUGCCGUGGCAGCCGGAAGAAAUACACCUUCAUCACGGAGAGGUCUAGGAUAGGCAAAUACUUGUGCAACCUCUGCUCAGCGCAGCACAAGUUUAACAAUGAGAUGAGCUCCCGCACGCUCAGCCACAGCCUGGUCUCAGAGGACAACAUGGUGCAGUAUGCAGCUGUAGGCCGUGCUCAGAGCAGCCAUUUCUCCUGUUCUGAGACGCCGCAGGAUGACAGCGGCCUGACCACGCCACAGGAGGAGUCUGUCACCAAACUGUGCAAUGACGUCGCCGCCAGAAUAGAGGCCCGUGUGAAGCAGCAAAGAGUUGUCGUUGCUUAUGGUUAUUUGUGUCGUAUCAUCCUUCCUGCAGAAAUGCUGCCCAAACUGGGGACGUCUUCAGAAAGGGAAGUCAUAUGUGUUUCGUUAAAGAAGGACCCAAAACUAGGCUUGGAAAGGGAAGUCAUAUGUGUUUCGUUAAAGAAGGACCCAAAACUAGGCUUGGGUAUAGUGAUUGUUGGAGAGGACACAGUAGGCCGCUAUGAUUUGGGCAUUUUUAUUGCCUCCAUUGUGGCUGGAGGACCAGCGGAUAAAGAUGGACGCAUCAGACCAGGUGGGCGACUGAUAUCCCUGAACCACAUCAGCCUGGAGGGCGUCACUUUCAGCGAGGCAGCAGAGGUCAUGGAGUGCAGCCCUGAGGAGGUGCAGCUUAUUGUGUCUCAGCCAAAAGGUGCUUCAUGUAUUCAUAGCCUCCCCAUCAGUCUUCGCUCUCCUGUGUUGAGAAAAUACGGGUCUCAGAGUACGCUGAUGACAGACGGACGUUCGGGGGAUGACAGCCUAGAUGAGCUUGUCUCUGUCAUGAUGACGCCAAAAGCCUCCAACAGGUUGCUCGUCCCACGAGACGUACGAGCGCUCAGCUCACAGGAUGGCUGCCCUCUGUCUCCGUCUAUGAACUCUGUGAGGCCAGAGGAAAUCGCCGUGGAGCUCAGGAAGAUAUCAGGAAGUCUGGGCAUCAGCAUCUCUGGUGGAGUAAACACGAACGUUCAAGCUGGUGGAAUCUACAUAAAGAGCCUCGUUCCAGGAGGGGCAGCAGAGAGGGACGGACGUCUACACACAGGUAUCAUAGAUAAACUGAAUGUGGUUUACUUUGUUGUGGAGCGGGAGUCAGUCAACCUGCCCAAAGUGUCCGUGGUUCCGGACGCCGACCGCCCGCUGUCCACUCAGAAAGUCAGUCAGACCAGGAGCCACCUGAGACUCAACAGCUCCUCGUCCGUCGGCUCCCCGGCAAGAACCAGGCCUGACAGCUCCAGGGACUACAGCUUCGUCACUGAUGAAAACGUCAUUGAGGUGACUCUGACCAAGGAUGCGGACGGACUGGGAUUUAGUUUCCUAAUGUGUGAGCUGGACCCCCCCACCAAGGACUUCAGCAGCUUGGUCCGGAUAAAGCAGCUCUUCCCUGGCCAGCCUGCAGAGCAAUGUGGCCGAAUCCAGGAGGGAGAUGUCCUGUUAGCUAUCAACGGCCACUCACUAAAGGAGCGGACCUAUCCAUUCUAA